AUGCCCUCUCAUUCAAAGGUACUUUGCACCUGUAUCAGUCAGGGAUGCUCCGAUCGUACUCAUUCCAACAACGGUAUCAUCAAACCUGGUCAACGCGUUAGUCACGCAACGCAAAGAGCACAUCUCUUGUGGGAGGAACAAAACAGACGUAUGGUGUCAGCGACAAUGACUGGCCAUCAUCAUCCACCCGUCGCAAAAGAAAGCAAAACUCCUCAACCAGAAGUUGUCGAUGACGGUAUUUUAGUGGAAUUGUUUGCCACCCUUGCCCUUAGUCGUGACACGCAGGAGUUGAGCAGUGAAGAUUCAGACAGCGAACCAAACGUGACCCAUAUGGAAAAUUUGCCCAAAUAUUUUGAUUGCACUCGAUUUCAUAUUGAUUUCAUCAACAAGAACCGUCAUCUGAUUGAAAUUGUUAGCUCUCAUGGCUUGGACGAAUCAUCUCAACCGCGCGGCCUCAACUAUUCUGAGCAAAGAACACUCGACUUGUUUCCCAAGGACCCCACCACGGUGAUUUGGCAUCUAGAAAUCGAUCCAGAUCUCAAUUUCUUAGUCUGUUGUCCUUGA